AUUACGUCAUCAUUACCUUGCGACCAGACGUGUGAUCAGUGAAGGAGGAAGAAUGGCUGCAAGGUUACUGCUCCGCUCGGCUUUCAGAGCCGCAACAACCUGCCGGGCUGCCCCGGUUUCUGCCCGGGUCUCUGCCCCGGUCCCCGCUCUGACCCGCGGCAUGGCGGCUGGAGGGAUUCCCACCGAUGAGGAGCAAGCUACAGGACUGGAGAAGAUCAUUAUGAAGGCCAUGAAGGAAGGAACGGAUCCCUACAACAUGAUGAAGCCAAAGGAGUACACCGGCUCCAAGGCCGACCCCCAUCUGGUUCCCUCCAUCACAAACAAGAGGAUUGUGGGAUGUGUCUGUGAAGAAGACAACACAGCCGUGGUUUGGUUCUGGCUUCAUGAGGGCGAGGCCCAGCGCUGCCCGUCCUGUGGUUCCCACUACAAACUGGUGCACCAUGAGCUCCCCCACUAACUCCUACAUCCCUCCUGUUAUUCCAGACAUCUGUCACACCGCUGUGCGUCUGCACUCUGUCAGCUUCUCUAUGAAAUAUUCCUUCAGAACCGGCUGAAGAAGGAUCAGACCGCCAUGUUUAUCUUUUCAGUCUCCGGGAAGAUUAUUUAUCACGGGAUCAGUCUACUUCCUGGUCUUAGCUUAAACGUCUGAUUGUUCUUCGUCUUGUUCUGUGUCAGUAUACUUGAUCUACCUGCUAACCUCAUCAGUCUUUGCUUUACGUGACCUGUUGGUUACAUUUACACGGGGAACAGAUGUGGUUUGGGACACAACAUUUUGAAACAUUUCCAUUCAGCUGCAGUUUACAUUGUAGUAUGUACUGUACAACGUUACACUCGGUCCACUUACUCCUCUUAUUGAAAUAAUAAACUUCCUGAACUCCUAUUUAUUGA